AAUGUUCGAACUCAGUAUUGAUGAGAAGAGGCCUGUCGAGGAAGAUAACUCACAAAAAAGAGCGAAAAAACAACUGGAGGAUGAAGAAAAGAGCACAAUUAUGAGAACAGCCCUUUUCAGAAAAAUCAUUGAAAGUGUUGCAGAGAUAGUGGAUGAUGUCGAUAUAAAUAUAACACAGGAGGGCCUUUCAAUUCAAUUUAUGGAUGCAAUGAAUGUGACAAUGAUGAAUGUAUUUUUACCUGAAUCAACAUUUGACAUGUUCAGUGAAGACAAUCCAGAAUUCUUAAAUAUUAAAUUUGAAACAGAGGCCUGCACAGCUGAUUAUGUUAUAAAAUUGCAAAAUAUUGGCAGUGAAUCAUACAAUAUUCCAGCAAUUGAGUUUACAGCAGAAGCAGAGAUGAAAAGCUCUGAUUUCCUUAUGAUGAGACAAUCUGCUGGAAAUUUUGCUGAAUAUAUCACAGUUGAAGCAUCUGAUUCAACAAUAAAUUUAUCACAAAGUGGUGAAAUGAUCAGCUCUAAAACAAAAAAUAAGGCGGCUGAGACUGGAAAAUACAACAUCAGAGUGAACAUCACAGAGGAAGUCUCAGUUGAAAUUUCUAUGAAAUAUAUGAACUGUGUUACAAAAACAGCCAGAUAUUGCCCAAAUAUAAAAUUGUGCUUAGGAGUGAACGAGCCUGUUUUCUUUGAGUUUAAAUUGAAAGAAGGUGGGCAUAUCAACUAUUUUAUAGCACCUAAGAUGGAUGAAGAAUAA